AUGGUUCGCGCUUCGUCUUACCUCGGCUCCCUUGCCGUCCUCGCCGCCUCCGCCGUGGCCAAGGAGAUCCAGCCCAACGAGGCCCUCGCCGCUGAGCUUUACGACUCGGGCAAGAUCCACGAGCAGGUCAUUGCUAGCAAGAAGGCCGAGUUCGCUCGCCAGAAGGCCGCCGGCGCCUACAAUAGUGAGGUAUGGCCCGAACUGGGCUACACUCCUUGUGUGAACGGUUGGGCCGAGGCCGUCGUCGGAGACAGAAACAACACCUUCAGGUGCCACAACGCCGAUUUGUACUCCUUCCUCAGCCACGCCGCUCUCGGCGGCCCCCUUGCCGAGGGCUCCUCCUCGUGGGGCUGGACCAACGAUGAUGGCCGCGAGUUCGUCGCCAUCGGCCAGUACGAGGGCACCGCCUUCGCCGAAAUCCUCUCGGACGGCAAGCUCGUCUACCUCGGCCGCCUGCCCCAGUACUCGUCUCCUUCCGAGUGGCGCGAGAUCCGCUCGUACAAGCACUACAUGGUCAUCGGCUCCGAGGCCGUCGGCCACGGCAUCCAGAUCUUCGACAUGAAGAAGCUCCUCGACAUCGACCCCGCCAGCCCCAUUGUCUUCGACGCCAAGCUCGACCUGACGAGCCACUUCAACACCUUGCUCCCCCUCGGCCGCGCCCACAACGUCGUUGUCAACGAGGAGCUCAACUACGCCGUCGCCGUCGGCGCCAUGCCUCGCACCGACCCCCUCUGCGCCGCCGGCCUCAACUUCUUCGACCUGACCGACCCUGCCAACCCCGUCUCCCUGGGUUGCGCCAAGGGCGACGGCUACGUCCACGACGCCCAGUGCCUCGUCUACCGCGGCCCCGACAAGCGCUACGAGGGCCGUGACAUCUGCUACGGCUACAACGAGGACACCCUCACCAUCUACGACGUCACCGACAAGGCCAACGUCACCAACAUCAUCUCCCGCAUCUCCUACGAGGGCGCCUCCUACACCCAUCAAGGCUGGGUCCUCGACGUCAACAACCAGGAGUUCCUCGUCCUCGACGAUGAGCUCGACGAGUCGCGCGGCAACGGCCCCGCCGCCGAAGGCUACCCCGUCACCUUCAUCUGGGACAUCCGCGACCUCGAGAACCCUAAGCAGACCGGAACCUUCACUCACCCCACCAAGGCCAUCGACCACAACCAGUACGUCAUCGACAACUACAUCUACCAGUCCCACUACGGCGCCGGCCUCCGCGUCCUCGACGGCACCUCCAUCCCCUCGGACCCCACCGGCGCCGGCGUCUGCGAGGCCGCCUGGUUCGACAUCUACCCCGAGGACGACGACUUCGAGGGCGGCGGCUACGUCGGCUUCGUCGGCACCUGGUCCUCGUACGCCUACUUUCCCUCGGGCUACAUCUUCAUCAACACCAUCGAGCGCGGCGCCUUCGUCGUCAAGCUGACCGGCAAGGACUGCCCCAAGGCCCCGGUCUGCAACGCCGACAACUGUCUGCGCUCCUUCCGCGCCACCUCCGUUCCUGGCCGUCUCGAGGAGUCCCAGGCUUUCUGCAAGUCCUUCCUCUCCUCACCCAUCAAGGACGCCGCCGUCCUUCCCGAGCACGCCGUCACGAACUGCGCCAAGGAGGACAAGGUCGCCCAGGCCAGCAGCGCCUGCGCCUGCUUGCCCACCGCCACAGCCGCUCCAUAG